GAAGGAGAAUUCAGAUCAGGAUAAUUCGGAGAGGUAUGUUUUACAUUAAUAGUUUUUAUUUCUCUAUGGUAGUCGAUUAUGCUAAAAAUCCUUACUACAUGCUCGCGCUUGAGCUCGUUGGCUCUGCCGAUGCAACGGUUGGAGCUUGCAGUCGCAGCUCACAAUCGAUUUGUUUUUAAUUGGAUACAUACAACCAACAGUCACAACUUGUCGGACAAACAGAAUCAGAAUGCUACAGAGAAUGGCAAACGAAAAAGAGAUAGUAGCAACAGCUCCAGUCCAUCUUCAAAGAACGUUAAACGUACAAAGUCAAAGACAAUUUCUAAGACACCUUCACCAAGUGUUAAGCCUCGUACCAAACUAGGAGCUACUCCAAAAAUUAAACCCAGUAAGUUUUCCCCUGGAGCAUCUAAAAAGACACAGAAAAGGCAACUGAAAGAUACACCUGGUGAAAAGAAAAAGAAGCAAGAAGAGAAUGAAAAUAUAAAUGAUAUUGAAGAGAAGGUAAAGAAUAAUCAUACAGAAAACAGUAUAGUUGAAGAGAAAAACGAAACCAAAAAAUCUGCAUCUUCAAAGAAGAAAUCAAAGUCCAAUGAGACAGAAAAAGUAAAGAAGACUGUGAAAAAGAAAUGGACCAAGAUAGUUCAGCUGAUAGAUUCUAGUGAUGAUGAGACUCAUCUACCUUUACCUAAAAGUCCAAAAAAAUUGGAAAGUGACAAUGAAGAGAAGAAGACCGAAAGUAUAGUUGAGUCUAACAAUAUAAAUAAAAAUGCUUCUGAUAAUGACGCAAACGAAAACGCUUCGGACAAUGAAGAGAAAAAUCAAAGUUCGAAGAAAGAGUCCACACCUGAGAAGUCACAGACUUCCUCUAAGAAUGAAAGUCCAAAGAAAAAAUUUACACCUGAGAAAUCACAAAAUCCCUCUAAAAAUGAAGUUCCAAAAAAAGAGUCUACACCCGAGAAAUUGCAGACUCUCUCUGAGGAUGAAAAGUCAAAGAAAGAGCCUAAGUCUGAAAAAAAGACUAAGAAAGUGCCCAACUUUUUUAUGUCUAAGCAAAAGGGCGAUGCAAAAGAUGACAAAAUGAGCAAUGGAAAGAGUGCCAACCAGUCUUACAAUCCCAGCGCGUCCGUCUAUCAUCCGAUAGACAAUGCGUGCUGGAAACGAGGGGAUAAGACUCCAUAUAGCGCAUUCGCGCGCACUUUGGAGAUUAUCGAGGAAACUAGUGCAAGGUUAAAGAUAAUAGAGAUAUUGUCAAAUUACUUCCGGUCUGUUAUAGUCCUAAGUCCCGAGGAUCUUUUGCCGAGCGUUUACCUGUGCCUUAAUCAAUUAGCUCCAGCGUACGAAGGAGUUGAGUUUGGAAUCGCUGACACGAAUCUAAUGAAGGCGAUAGCGCAGUGUACUGGUAGAACGCUGGCGCAAAUUAGAUCUGACGUCCAGGAAGUUGGUGAUUUAGGAAUUAUAGCGGAAAAUAGUAAAUCUAAUCAGAGAACCAUGUUUCAACCGGCACCAUUAACGGUUCCCAAUGUAUAUUCCAAAUUGAUGGAAAUUGCUCAAAUGACGGGGCACGCGUCUCUAUCGAAAAAAUUGGAUAAAAUUCAGACGUUGUUUGUAGCGUGCCGUAAUACAGAAGUAAGAUAUCUAGUUAGAUUAGUAGCUGGAAAGCUUCGUAUUGGAUUGGCGGAGCAAUCUGUUUUACAAGCAUUGGCUUUAGCUUGCGCGAUGACACCGCCGGAACAAAAGUAUCCACCAGAAAUUCUGAAUGCAAGCAAAAAGAUGUCGAGUGAUCGUUUCAAAGAGAAAUAUGAUGAAAUAGCACUCAUAUUGAAAACAACGUAUUGUGAAUGUCCGAAUUAUAAUCUUAUAAUUCCUGUUUUACUGGAAGAUGGAAUUAAUACCUUGCCGAGUAAGUGCAAACUUACUCCUGGAAUACCCUUGAAACCUAUGUUGGCACAUCCUACUAAAGGUGUUCAAGAAGUCCUAACGCGAUUCGAGGGUUUGAAAUUUACUUGCGAAUGGAAGUAUGACGGGGAAAGAGCUCAGAUACACGUUGCGGAUAAUGGUCAAAUAAAAAUAUACAGUAGAAAUCAAGAAGAUAAUACUACCAAGUAUCCAGAUAUCAUUAAGCGAUUUAAGAAUAGUCGCGGUGAUGAAGUGAAGAAUUGUAUACUCGAUUGCGAGGCGGUCGCAUGGGAUAGUGAGAAGAAACAAAUUUUACCAUUCCAAAUACUCAGUACAAGAAAGCGAAAGGAUGCUAAUGAGGAGGAUAUUAAAGUACAAGUAUGCGUGUUUAUGUUCGAUUUGUUAUAUCUAAAUGAUGAGCCAUUGGUAAAGGAACCGUUCGUGAAACGUCGUGAGUUAUUGAAACAGCAUUUCAAGGAAGUGGAAGGUGAAUGGAAAUUCGCUAAUAGCUUAGAUGCCUCGACUAUGGAAGAGGUGGAAGUUUUUUUGGAUGAAUCUGUGAAGGGAAAUUGCGAGGGUUUGAUGGUGAAAACGUUGGAAAAGGAGGCGACCUAUGAGAUAGCGAAGCGAUCGCGAAACUGGUUAAAGCUGAAAAAAGAUUAUUUAGAUGGCGUCGGCGAUACGCUCGAUGUAGUUGUAAUCGGUGGUUAUAUCGGCAAGGGUAAAAGGACUGGUACUUAUGGUGGUUUCCUCUUAGCUUGUUAUGAUCAAGAAAAUGAAGAGUAUCAGAGCAUCUGUAAGAUCGGUACAGGAUUUAAAGAAGAUGACCUCGAAAAUCACACUAAAUUCCUCAAAGAUCACAUAGUGCCACAGGCCAAAUCGUAUUAUCGUUUCGAUAGCAGUCAUGAACCGGAUCAUUGGUUUGAGCCAAUUCAAGUUUGGGAGAUCAAGUGUGCCGAUCUCUCCCUCUCGCCUGUACACAGAGCGGCUAUCGGAAUAGUUGAUCCAGAGAAGGGAAUAUCUUUAAGGUUUCCGCGAUUUAUCAGGAUCCGCGAGGAUAAGACUUGCGAGCAGGCCACUUCCGCUCAAGACGUGGCAAACAUGUACAAUAAUCAAGAGCAGAUAAAAAAUAAAACUCCUGUAUCGAAAGCCACGGAGGAAGAUUUCUAUUAGUUUUUUUAAUUUUACG